GAUCGCGUCCCGUCGCCGGGCAACGCUCUGCCCCUGAGCCAUGUCUGGCCCCGGCCCCGGCCCCGCGCUGCCCGGCCGCUUCCGACAGCCCGCCUUCUACCGCGGCUACGGGCAGCCGGCGCCGCACCCCCGGUUCCGCACCACCAACCAGACCUACGGCAGCAGGGCCCCCGCGGUGCACGAGCUGCCGACCUGCUUCCACGUCAUCUCGCACAAGUUUUCGGAUCAUCUGGGCAGGGCUGGCAUGUACAGGAACAACAGCCUCAACACGUCGCUGGAGAAGAGCUACUGCACGGGCCCCGACACCUUCAUCACCGCCUACGAGCACAUGGACUUCCACCCCAGCUACAACCCCAGCGGGCCCUCGCACUGCAGGAACCUGAGCUAGGCAGGGACACCACGGAGCCACCGCCGCUUCUCGCGGUGGGGAAACCACACAGAGCUGAGAUGAAACCCACUGAUUCACAGAACGAGUGUUCCUGGGAAUAAUAUGUUGAUUUAUAAAGAUUUAAUGUGGUUAAAUGUCAGUUAAAUAGCUCCUACGAGCCGUUUCGCUUAGUUUAUAGGCAGCAUAUAAAUCCUAGAACAACAUAUAUGCCCUUAACCUCUUCUCUGUCACUAAUGAUCCUUUAAACUCUUGGCUCAUGUACCACAUAUAAUUAAAAAUUAAGAUUUAAAACUGCUUCUCUACUAUUCAAUGAAUAACCCAUCUGCAAGUUUUCCAGAGGUAUUCAUUAACCUUUUUGGAUUUCUUGUAGAAAGCUUGUGUUAUCCUCUUAUCUCACAACUAAAAAGUUUUAAGGAAUUAUUCAAAUAAUGACACGUAAUCAAAAAGAAAAUGUUUUCUUAAGUUUUAUUGUAACAACUGUAGUUACAGCCAGUGAAACUACAUCAGUUGGACAGUGACUGCACUAAAGGAACACCUUUACAUUUUUAGCUAAAAAACUAGUUUUGAAGAGAAACUGCUCUGCCUGUUCAUGGAUGAGAAACAGUCCCACGUUACAGGUGUAACAUAGGGAUAGCAUCCAUUAAAAAUGAACACAAUACUAUUCUAGCUGUUUGCUAAAAAUAUAAAUAAUAAGUUUAAUAUUAUGGCCAAGCACCACUGCAAUUGAUAUUCUUCAGUGCCAUAAAUAUUCCCUAUUUGUGGCACUUGGUUCUCUCAAACAGAGGAAUAGCUGGGUAAAAUUCCCCCCUGCUGCAAACACACAAAUACUUUGGAACAAAUAAAUAAACUGAGCAGAAAUGGGCCUGGAAAGUUAACUUUUAAAAUAUUUAACAUUUGAAAAUAAAUAAGCAACUCUCUACUGUUCACUGUUAAUUCUCCUAUUAGACUCUAGACAGUACCUUGAGCUUCUUAUAACUUCCCUUUCUUCUCCUGAAAUAAAGAAAAUAACA